AUGUCAUCCAGUACUCCUCGAAAAGAAUCACUGUCUCACUCCGAGGUACAUCUCCAAUUCGGAGUUUGGGAAAUCAGUAAAAACCUCUCAACCAAGGUCCGACAACAAGAAGAUCCACUCGGUGGUUUUACAACCGAACGUCACGAGGUCUAUGAAGCUAUAAGAGUUGAUCAGCCAUCAAACGCACCGGAUAUCAUCAAGAUCAAAAGCCAAAUUGAGUAUUGGACUACUCGCGAUUAUUCCGAGCAUAGCGACGAGAUAAAUCGCGAGAUUUAUAAUCUAUCCCAAUUACAAGAUUGCAAAUGCACGCCUAAACUUCUUGGAUAUGCCAUUAAAACACAAGGUCCGGACGACGAAUUACCAGGAGGCUACGUGGCAUAUAUCGUUAUGCAGAAAGUCCCCGGCGAGACGCUGAAUGACUUUGACAACCGCACAGAGGCGGAGAAGAACCGCAUCCGAGUUGCAUUGAUAGCAGCUUUAUGGGAAUUCUCUUCCCACUAUUUUACCCACUGGGACCCACGAAAGGAAAACAUUAUAUGGGAUCCCACCAGCGGCCAAUGUUUUAUCGUGGACCUCGAGGACGCUGAGCAACAUACAAAUCGAACCAAGGACGAUGUAUGCCUUGACGCCUUUGAACAAUUAGAGUACUGGGGCCUGAUUGAGGGUCAUUACGACAGCAUACUCUUUUUCCAAAAGGAUGAACUGCUAGAAAGCUUGAAAGCCCGACUUAGCAAUCAGUAA